GUUGCACUCAAUCACGCGGAAUUUUUGGGCAGUUCGGUCGAUUAAUAGGAAUCAAAAUGCUCUUCCAAGACUUAUAGCUCACUGUAAUCUGCUGGGUCUUCCCUGAGGAGUUGCACGAUUUGAGAAUUGAUUUCGAUGAAUUAAGGGGUCAAGAGGUCAACACACAAGGGCCAUUCUCAUUGCACUCAUAAAAUGGUUUCCAAGAAGCAAGCAAGGCUGAAAAGCCUUUCAAGUGGCCGCCCGCCAACUGUCAAGUCCUCACGGUCAAUGUCUAGGAAAGCCAGCAGGAGUCUCAUCAACACUCAUCACCAACUGGAGAAACAACGUCGGCAAGCUGCAGCCAAGGGCGACACGGUCACCGAAACUCGCAUCGCCUCAGAGAUUGCCAAGCUGGGUGGUCUUGACCACUAUCAGAAGGCCAGUUUGCAAGGUCAGAGUCUCGAUAGAGGAGGCGACACGUCAAGAGUACUUCUGGAAUGGCUCCCUGUGGCAGAGCUCAAGAAGCGUGCUCAGCCGUUUCAUAUGCUGGAGGUUGGGGCAUUGAGUACUCGUAACGCAUGCUCGACAAGCGGUAUCUUUACUAUGAAGCAUAUCGAUCUCAACAGCCAGGAGCCAGGCAUCACAAAGCAAGAUUUUAUGGAGCGACCUCUGCCCAAAGACGAUUCUGAGGUGUUCGACAUCAUCUCUCUGAGUCUAGUGCUCAACUUCGUGCCCGAGGCCGAGGGGCGUGGACAGAUGCUUCUUCGGACUCUCUCCUUUCUUCGACCUCCAGCUGAACCAGCAACUGGUUCUGACGAACCCUUUCCUUGCCUUUUUGUGGUUCUACCUCGUAGCUGUGUUGAUAACUCACGAUACUUUACAGAAACUCGCUUGGAGGAGUUGAUGACGAUUCUCGGCUAUGCAUGCACCAAGGCCAAGAUGACUCAGAAAUUGGCAUAUACUCUUUGGAAGAGGAUCGGGACCGUCUCCGAGAAGCGGCCAGAUUUUACAAAGAAGGAAGUCAAUCCAGGACGGACGCGGAACAAUUUUGUCAUGACGCUCAAAGCUUCGACGAGUCAUUCAAACUGAAACGAUGAGGGGAGACACGACAACGCGUGGGGCCUCGACGAGCUGCAUAUGCGGAACUGCCCAACAAGCUAUCAACACAGCAAAACAUAUGGAGUUUUGAGCACGCGACAAUUAACUAGCUGACACGGUACGAAUGUUUAACUCUCGAUAAGAGGAUCCUAUCUACACAGUUCUUGGAGAGCGCGUACUGUGCUGUGCUGUAUCAUCUGGAUCGACUAUCUGCAACUUGCUACGUCGCACGACUGAUAAGGUGCAUGGUGACACUUAUGCAGCUUGGGGACACCAGAUCACCAGUAGACAAGAUCAGCUGGACGGUGGUCUUAGUUUUUGAGGGGGGUAGAAUUCCCUAGCGAGCUGCUACUCUUGCAUCUCCGCACAAAGGUCCCACGCUAUUCGACGAUUAUCAUUUCCCCACACCCUGAGCAACCUUUUCCUGCAGCCGUCUAUCAUACUCCCAAAGAAGCGACCUCUGAGUGCUUGAACUCGGUAAUGGCGAGCUUGGACAGAGGUUCGUCUGGCGGCAAGGGCGCAUUACCGGGACGAACAACGGGCAGACUGCGCAUACCAGCCCCAACAGCAGCUUUGACCUCGUUGAUAUUGUCGCUCAGGAAAAGCCAUCGGUUGACGUCCUUGUGCUCCGGGUGCUCAGAAAUGAUCUUCGCGUAGCUAUCAACCUCGGUUUUGGGCCCCGCAUUAGUGGUAUCAAAGUAGUCUGCGAUAAGAGGCGUCAUAUCUGACAUGGCGGAGUUGGUAUGUGAAAAGAGCAACUUCUGCGCGGGGACUGAGCCGGACGAGUAGAUGAUGAUCUUCUUUCCAGCCUGGGUGGCCUCGCUGAAGAAGGGCUCAACAUCUGGGAGAAGGGGCGCCACGAUGUUACCCGACUUGUAGCCUUGCAGCCACAAAUAACCCUGGAGCGACUUGAGAUAGGCGAUCUUGACAUCACGCUUCACGAGGUCGCGGACGUGCGCUUCAAAGUCAGAGCGCGAGUUGCGAUACUCUUCGGGAAAGGCAUCGCGGUACUUUGCGAACUCUGGGCUAUCCCACUCUUGAUCCAACACUUUGGGAAGUGCCUCGAGUGCAUACGGAAACUAAUGACAACAAACAGACCUUGGUCAGCAGGCUGCAGUGUUGUUGACAUCGUGCAUGCCAUCACGAAAUGGGUAAAGUCGGUGAAGAGUGCAAAGGGGCUGGGAAAGAAGUGCUCGGCUUGAAAUUUUCAGCUGCACGCGCCCGAGACUUGCGCAACUUGGCAGAACUUGGUUCGGCAGCGUGGACACUCGGGAUCUGGGUACAAAGGCCGGCAGCUGGACGGAGGACGUCCGGAAGAGGAGGCUGGGACGAAAUUUGGUGGGAUCCAUACGGAGGUCCGGGCCCGGAGGCGGUAAGGGGGACGGACGGAGGUGGUACAUGGGUAAGGAGAGUAAAAUCGGAACGGUUGCGAAGUGAGACAAGCAAGAAAACGGGACGACUCACGAGAACGUCUUUGACAAAGGAGAUGGGACAAACGGUUCCUUCUGUAACAUGUGUUAUUAUGGCUAUUCUGAGUGUAUGAUAUCCAAGCAAAGCGCGGGUGUAUAGUAAGGUACAAAACAUAUGCCAAUAUAAUGAAUGACAACUCAGUCCA